AGUUGGUUCGCUCCGUUGCUGUGCGCCUCUGGAUCGAGAGUAGAGCAGUGCGAUUGAGAGGAGCUGCGCGUGCGGUGGCUCUCCAGCUUUGAGCAAUCUGACCUGAUGAAAAUGUUUCAUUAAAACCACGACCUGCUCUUUCAAUUAUGUGACAGUCGGCUGUUUCCACUGUACAACGCGUCUGGACCACUUAGGGAAUCAGUCGAGGAACAUUUUCAAGCCUCAAAGAGCCCAGCUGAUUGAGAGACUCAGGGUUCGUGCGUCCUGCUACCUGCACAGUGCAUGACCGACCCCUCCGUAGAUUCAAAUGGCUUGCUGUCUGAAGGACGAGCUCUUGUGUUCCAUUUGUCUGAGCAUUUAUCAAGACCCUGUCAGUUUCGGCUGCGAGCACUACUUCUGCCGUAAGUGCAUCACUGAGCACUGGAGCAGACAGGAGCAUCACGGGGCGAGAGACUGCCCGGAGUGCAGGAGGACCUUCACGGAUCCCCUUCUGUCCCCGAGCCUGAAGCUCUCCAACAUUGUGGAGAGGUAUGCCGCUUUCCCUCUGGACGCCAUCCUGAACGCCCAGAGGAACUCGUACCCGUGCAAGGACCAUGAAAAGGUCAAGCUCUUCUGCUUAAGUGACAAGAGCUUGGUGUGCUUCUUCUGUGAUGAGCCUGCCUUACACGAACAGCACCAAGUCACCACCGUUGACGAGGCUUAUGAGGAAAUACAGGUCUGUUUGUUUCGGGUUAUGUAUGUCACGAAAGCUCUUACUGUUUCCACUGGCAUAUUAUGUGAUGAUAAUCUCACAUGUUUUACAGUUCUUUUUUUACGGGUUGUGUUCCAGGGCUCAAGGAAGGUCAGUUCUUAGCAGUAAUUACAAUAACUUAAGGGUGACAUAAUGUGAAUUAUUUAGAAUA